GACUCUGGCUAACUAGUUACUUCCAUCUGUGAGAUUUUCGAGGCCUUCAUUGGCAGUAUAUAAACCACCCCAACCUCUUCACCACAAUCGCAACACACUAAACUAGUUCUACUUAACUGUGUAUACCAUCAAUUUUCAGCCCCCAAACUCAAGAGGGAAAAUGAGCCGACCAGGAGAUUGGAACUGCAGGACAUGCAGCCACCUCAACUUCCAAAGAAGAGAAUCGUGCCAACGAUGUGGGGAGCCAAGAGCUGGAGCAGGAGGUGACUACGGUGGCGCCUUUGGCAGUGGAGGAGGUGACUACAGUGGCGGCUUUGGCGGUGGCAGAGGCGGCUCCUCCUCUUUUGGCUUCACCACUGGCCCUGAUGUCCGCCCUGGUGACUGGUACUGCAAUGUGGGAAACUGUGGAGCUCACAACUUUGCUAGCCGCUCUGGCUGCUUCAAGUGCGGUGCACCCAAGGAGGACUCCUCUUCUGGUGGAUAUGACAUGAUGAGAUCCUACGGUGGUGGUGGUGGCAGCUUUGGCGGCACCUCCGCUCGCCCCGGCUGGAAAUCCGGUGAUUGGAUAUGCUCCAGGUCUGGGUGCAACGAGCAUAACUUUGCUAAUAGAAUGGAGUGCUACCGAUGCAGUGCACCAAGAGACUCUAAUGGCGGCAGGUCUCCAUAUUGACGUAGUUUGCGCGCGGUCUAAGCAGAGAAUUGAGAGGCUAUCACUAUACUCUUCCUAGAGACAGUUACCCGUUUUUGGUCUACCGAUAUGCUACUUUCUUCAUCAUCUCAUGCGGAGGAUAUUUAAUUUUGCUUAUUUAAUUUCCUUGUUUUUUCCAGUUAGGAAGCUUUAGGUGAAUUAUGAUUUUGAGUUUGUUGGCACUGAGUGAGUGUUUCUGGCUCUUGAUAGCUCAGCAGCUAGCUACGUACCCCAUGUAGUAACUUUUUUCAAGUAUCAACAUUAAUUUAAUGAUCAGUAGUACUGUUAAGUA